AUCUUCACCUAUCCCCGAGGAGUAGGUCGGGUUUAUCACGACCUUCCUCCCAACCUGUGGGAGGUGAGAAGCAGAAGGCACUGGCGGUAUUAUGUCUGCCUUUUUGUUGUUGUUGGGGUUUUUUUUCCUUUUUAAACCUUUUUUCCCCCUUUCCCCCUCCUUUCUUCCUUUCCCUUGCUUUUCUCUUCUUGUUUUUCCUCGUGGCUUUUUUCCUCUGUCUUUCUGACUUUUCUCGCUGUUUUUUUCCCCUUCCCGUGUUCCGUGCUGGGGUGUGCGCCCGCCCCGUGCUGGCUCCGCCCGCCGCGGGUCCCGGGAGGCCGGGCCGGGCCGGGCCGGGCCGUGCCGGGCGGGGCGGGCGGGGCGCGGCCGUGACGCGCGGAGGCGCCGCUAUAAGCGGAGCUGUCCGGGUGCUGAAGGCGGCGGAGCGGCGGAGCGGCGGCAGCGCAGGGAAAUACUUUAAACAUGGCAGAAACUAAAACCUUCCAGCCUGGAGCAGCCUGUGCUCUCACCUUUUGCUUUGUCCUAGUCUGUUGGGUUGAUGCAGCCUCCUUCCAGCAGCACCAGCUGCUUCAGAAAGAUCCAGACUAUGCAAUGAAAAACUUACAAAGGCUCCCAAAUCCCGAUAUGAUCAAGGCACUGGAAUACAUAGAAGACCUUCGAAAGCAAACCCACAAGGGAGAAGGCAGCCCUGAUUACAACUCUUAUCAAAGCGUCCCAUACCUCCUCCCACAGAGAGAAAGCAAGGACCAGCUUCAUGUCCCAGAUAAUGUACGGGAUUCUUUGACUGAAGAUGAGUCCCAGUGGGUUAAGAUGAUGCUGGAAGCCUUGCGGCAAGCUGAGAAGGAGUCAAAAGCUGGCCCAAAGGAGAACAAACCCUACGGUCUGAGUUCAGAUAACAACUUUCCAGCUGGAGUAACUGAUGAUUAUGAGGCUUACAAGUGGCCUGAGAGGUGGCAGAAGUACCUCAAAAUGCCACUGGGGCACUAUGAAGACAGCUCAAGGGACAGUCCCUUCAAGCGCACCAACGAAAUCGUGGAAGAGCAGUACACGCCCCAGAGCCUUGCCACGCUGGAGUCCGUGUUCCAGGAGCUGGGCAAGAUGGCAGGACCCAGCAACCACAAGAAAGAAAGGCUGGAUGAGGACCAGAAAUUGUACACAGAUGAUGAAGAUGAUGUGUAUAAAGUGAAUAACAUCGCCUACGAAGAUGUGGUUGGGGGAGAAGAUUGGAAUCCCAUAGAGGAAAAAGUGGAGAGCCAAACCCAGGAAGAGAUAAAAGAUAGCAAAGAGGAAAUUGAUAAACAUGAAGAGGAGAUUGACGAUGAAAUUAAAAGAUCAGGAAAACUCAGCUUCCUUGAGGAUGAAAUAAGAAGAGAAAAUAAAGAUCAAGUGUCAGAGGAUGUUUCAAAGCUAAUGAAUUAUUAUCUGAAGAGGCUGAUGGGUAGUGCUGGGAAUAGGAAAUUAAGGACUGGAGGAGAACUUGAGGAAAAAAGAGCAUCCAUGUUUUUGGAUAAACAACUUGAUCCUCAGGCUAUAGCUCAGCUGAUAGAAAUCUCAAGGAAUUUGCAAAUUCCUCCUGAGGAUUUAAUAGACAUGUUGAAAGCUGGAGAAAAAAAGCAGCUUCAGAGCGAAAGGUUGGAAGCUGAGCAGGAAAUGGAAUUCCCAGAAGACCUCGACGAGAUAACUGAAACCAAUCUAGGACAGAGUGAUAUAUUUAAAAAUAAUAUGAACUCUAAAAAUGGGUACAUGAAGCAGCCUCUUAUUCCAGAAAAUCUACCUGAAGACCUCAAUAUCGAAGAUAUUGUCAGCCUUCUGGGAAAUGACAAUUUAGCUAAUCAGAAUCCUUCCUACUUGCUAAAUCGUCUUAAUCAAGAGAAUGAUUUGCCAAGACUGUCUUACCUUCCCAGAAGAUUGAAAGGACACCUGUUCCCCAAAGGCGCCUGGAUGAACGAUUUGGAAAGGCGACAAACGGAGUACGAGAAACUGAAUGAGAAAGAUGAAGAACUGGCUGAUUACUUGGCAAAGGUGCUGGCAAAGUACCCUGAAGUGAUCAAUACGAACCAGAUGAAACGAGCCCCGGCUGCAGCUUCUGAGAACAACCUGCAGGAAGAGGAGCAGCUGGAGCAGGCCAUCCGAGAGCACCUAAACCAGCUGGGACCACAGGAGGCUGCCAAGCUGGCCUCGCUCAGCAAAAGGCUCUCCAUGGCCGGGGAAGCUGAUGACACACAAACCAGGCAGUACCUGGAUGAGGAUAUGCUGGCAAAGGUGCUGGAGUAUCUAAAACAGGAGAAAUCAGAGCUUGAAAGAGAUCACAUUACCAAGCGAGCAAUGGAAAACAUGUAAUUGUUCCCCAAGUAUUAUUUCUCUUCAAUGUGUUGACUUCUAUCCCAAUUCAGUUGUGAUUUAUUCCUGCUCUCCCACUAAACAACCUAUGGUAGACUAUUUACCAUUGAACAGUCUGCAUAUCUUUCUCAGAGCUGUUAUAUUGUUUAUUGAUAUACUUAUAUGUUAUAAAUUAUGGGGCAAACAACAAAUUGCUUCGAGUGUUUUAAGAAACAAUUUAAUGAUAUCAAGUAAAAGUAUAAUAUGUAAACAAAUGACCUUUGCAUUGUUAAUAAAACAUGAUAAAUGAAGAGUGACAAUUAUAAUUUGAAAUUUUUAAGAUUAAUUGGAUUAUUUUGUUACUGUCUGUAGUGGUUUUUGUGCAGUAUCGAAUAAAAAAAUAAAGCAUUAUAUAUAUAUAGUUUUAUUUACAAGGCUUUUUCUAUUCAGUGUUUUAUUGUUGAUGAAUAAACUAUUUCUGGACAAUCGACUGUAUUUCUUUCUGACAGUUGA